GUCUAGCAGACGAGUUGCAAGGUGCGCGAAAAUGGCGACACCAAAACAGAAAGAAAAGUUGAAUAAAGAGAAAUCUAAAAAGGCUGUGUCUCCAGGGUCUGAUAGAACUCUAAGGCAGAGGAAGAUAAAAGUAGAAGUAGAAGAUGAAGACAGCUCCUCAUACAUGUCUUUGGAUGUCCUGGCACAAGUUGCAUCAGCUACACUGGAGAAAGAACCAACUGGAAACAAACCAAAGUCCCCUGCUAAACGGAUAACAAAAAGAAAUGUUCAGAACUUGGAAGUGUUCAACCUGGAGCAGAUUCAGCUGUUAUCUGAAAGAUGUUUGGUCAACUUUUUCUCUGAUUUAACUUCUAAUGAAAUCACCAGAAAUUUUAUUUUCACCUGUGCACUUAUGCCAGACAAAUGUCAGGUCCAGUACAAGAGUUUUGGUAAUGAAACACAAGCAAGACUGAGGAUGAAGAAGCAUUUGAAUGCCCAUAUACAGGAUCUUUUGAAAGAGCAAAAUGAUCCAAAGAAUAACAACAAACCAGAAUUUGUAGCUGAGCCAGUGCAUGUAAAGGAAAGAAAACAGAAAGAAAUCAUGGGACCAAAACGAAAACCAACAUCAGGAAGCAAGAACUAUGUGUAUAACAGAACCAGUAAACCUAAAAGGAAAAGAUACACAGAUCUUGAUAUUCAUACCUCUGAAGACAAUAUAGUGGAUGAAGCAGAGGUACAAUAUGAAAGGGUUGAUGCAGAGGAUAAGGAAAGCUUAAUUCAGCACCAUUUUUCAGAGAGAAGUUUCAUGCUUCGAAAAUACGCUCAUAAACAAUCAACAAGAAUACAGCAGAAGCUUCAGAAAAAAGGAGAAACUGCCAAAGAACCAUGUAUAGAUGUUGGAGAGGACAGUGAUGUUGGGGAUGACACCGAGAAAAGAAUUGAAGAAAAUGAGCAGUUUAUCAUUGAGUUGAUGAGGAGAACCCAGCCCCAUCAUGAUCAUGGAUACACCACAGUUUUUGGAAAGAAAAAGGGAAUCGAGAUCAUUGAUCAGAUAGAAUUUGAGAAUCCUGAAGAUGAAGUCCCAGUAAAUAAUGACAACAAUCAAUAUUAUGGCAAAAGAGUGAUCCAUCCAGAUAGGAAGGCUGAACCUAUCCUAUGUUUAGGAAAUGUAUCAGUUAUGGAUGAAUUGUCCAGCAGUGGAACGAGUACUGAUGAAGCAUCAAAAACAAUAAUCGUAUGUGCUGAGGAGAUCAUUGAUGAAAACCCUGAGGAAGAAAUCAACUUAAUCGAGGGAACAGAGAAAUUGGGAGAUUCAGGGAAAAGACCUUAUCCCCCAAUGCCAAGGUUUCCUGUGGCUUGGAAAGGGAGGAUAGCAGAUGAUGAACUCUUCAAUGAUGAUGAAGACUUCAGCAUGUUGCGGAAAAGAAGAAAAAUGGAUAAAGAAGGUUCUGCAGAAUGGGAAAGGAAGGCAGCCCUGAAAUGUAUCCGUGAAUUGAAAGGUAAAAAGAAGGAAGACAAGCAGCCACUUUAUUGCAGAAUAUGCAAAGACAAAACCUUUACAGCAAGUGCUACCCUCAUGUACCACUACAGAAGCCAUGCAGGAAUAAAACCAUUUGUGUGCCUUAUCUGCAAUACUACAUUUACAAGGCAGCACAGCUUGAACUACCAUAUGCUCAUUCACAACAACCAAAGCAGAUUUACAUGCAAAGACUGUGGUCGAAAGUUCAGACAUCCAAGUCAUUUCAAGGAACACUUGAGAAGACACACAGGAGAAACUCCAUUCGUGUGCACAGAUUGUCCGCAAAGAUUCAAAACUCGGAAUACAUACAAAAGACACUUGAAGACCAGACAUGGAAAACUCCUAACAGCGGAUGGAAUUCGGUGGUUAAGCGUAGAGGAGUUUGCCAAAAUUCGCACGAAACCUUACAGAAGAAGUCCGGAGCGUCAGAGAAGAAAAAGUAAAGAACAAACCAUUCUUCCGUCCCGGCGGUCAGUUGAUAUGGACGGACAGUCAGACUCGGACAGUAGUACCAUAUCUGUGACGGGAGAUUUGGAGGAGUUAGUGGACAUUAAGCUAGAGAUGGACCAACCUCUAGAUUUAGGAGAAAACCAGGCAGAUAUGUUAAAUGUCCAGGAUCCUGAUAGCCAGGACCAAAAGCCUGUUGUUGACGAUCUUCGCAAGAUUAUUGUUCCGUUUGGGGUCAAUAUUGCAGUCAACUCUUAG